CUCUAAUUUUGUCAAGGCGUUUCAAAUGUACCAGCCACCUGAGCCAGACACUGAAGAUCAUUUGGAGGAGGAUGAGGUGACUUUUACAAACAUUGGGGAUGUGCUCGAUAAUGCUGUCGAUGUCAAUGACGUGGUUUUACCCCCGCAUCACAGAUGCGCAUCGCACACAUUGAACCUCAUCUCAUGCACUGAUGUCGAUACGUGGCUCAUGUCAAAGCCAGAAACAAAAUCUAUCUACAGAAAUGCUACCACAAAAUGUGCAGGGCUGUGGAACAAGGCAAGUCGGUCAACAGUGGCUUUGGAGAUUGUCAACGACGUUAUUGCUAAGAAGCUGCUUGUACCUUGCACCACCAGGUGGAAUUCAUUCUAUGAUGCGGUAGCUCGAAUUUCUGAGAUACCUGUGGCCGAAUUGAAUACAAUAUCCUCCCAACUUCAGAUGAAAUGCAUCAGUGAAAGGGAACAUCAGGUCCUUAAAGAGUAUUGUGUUGUGAUGAAGCCACUUACUGUGGCUCUUCACAUUCUGCAAGGCGAGGACAAUUGUUUUUACGGAACACUCUUGCCCACUCUGGAGACGUUGAUGUCUAAGACUCUGGAUUUAAAAAAACACCUUGCAAUCCUUGAUGGCCUACCAGAGGCAAUUGUUCAGGCAAUCAAAACCAGAUUUGCACGUGUUCUACUAGCUGCUGCAACCCUACCCAAGUUCAAGUUACGUUGGCUGCGUGACCAGGAGAGGAAGGACCUUGUAAAAGCAAGUCUAGUAGCAGAAUGCAGAAAAUAUGUCCCAGAGCAGGAUGAGCACCCAGGGGAAACCCCAACAACACAGCGCCGGCCAUCGACCAAAGAGGAUGAAUUCUUUAGCUUUGAUGAGAGUGAGGAGGAUGCCUAUGUCUCUGUUGAAAAUGAAGUAGCUGAUUACUUUAAAUCAGGAGCCACAGGGAUGGACGCUCUGAAUCAGUUUCCCAUAAUAAAGAACAUAUCACUGAAAUAUAAUGCAGCCACUCCAUCCAGUGCCCCAGUGGAAAGACUCUUUGCCUUGGGAACCUGAUUCUCUCUCCAAAGAGGAAGAGGCUCUCAGAUCAAACGUUUGAGAAGCUUCUCCUCUUGAGGUACAAUAACUGGUUUGAGAGCUAGCAAUGUUGUGGCUCCUGGUCAGAGGUGAGAGAUGAGACUUGUUAGCCAAUUUUAACGUUUGUUGAGAAUCUCAUCUCUGAUCUAUAUUUAGCUUUGCCUUAUGAGGCAUUUUUGUUAAAACAUUUUGUUAACCUUUUGUACUACUGCUUGAUUUGAAGGCCUGUUGCCCUGUUGAUUGCAAUAAAUAGGUCUACAAAAUAUGUUUAUUGUGUUUGACUGUUCAGUACUGUUCAUUACAUUAAAAAAGCAGACAUUACUUUCCCUAGUAACUAAUUACUU